AUGGGUCCUUUGUUUUCUGCUACUUAUGCUGGAAAAUGGCUAGGAUUGGUCACAGCUAUAUGGGUUCAGGCAAUUUGUGGCAACAAUUACACAUUUGCUAAUUACUCUGAUGCAUUGAAAUCACUAAUGGCUCUUACACAGCUGGAGCUCAACAAUCUUUCAGUCGCUAAAGAUGUUGGCAAGGCUUUUGGACUUCUUUCUGGCUUUGCUUCCGAUUGUUUGCCAACAUCAGUUCUACUCAUCAUUGGAUCACUGGAAGGGUUUAUAGGAUAUGGAGUUCAAUGGCUUGUUGUCAGCCAGCGGAUUCGUCCUCUUCCAUACUGGCAGAUGUGUAUUUUCCUGUGUCUGGGAGGCAACAGCACAACAUGGAUGAACACAGCAGUUCUAGUGACUUGCAUGCGAAAUUUUCCUAAAAAUCGUGGCCCGGUCUCAGGUAUCCUUAAGGGUUAUGUUGGACUUAGCACUGCAAUCUUCACAGAUAUCUGCACAGCUCUCUUCUCUUCUGACCCUUCUACAUUUCUCUUCAUUCUUGCGGUUGCUCCUGCCGUUGUUUGCCUCGCUGCUGUCUUCUUCCUCCAUGAAACCCCACCGGCUUCAAGGCCAAGUGAAUUGCAACAAGAAACACAAUAUUUCCACAUCUUCAAUGGCAUUGCUAUCGUAUUAGCUGUCUAUCUCUUGGCCUUUGAUAUCAGUGGAAGUCAUGGUCAGUUUUUGUCAGUGAUAUUUGCAGUAGGACUUGUUACCCUUCUAGCGACUCCAUUGGGAGUCCCAUUGUACUCUAUUCUAUCCAAACCAAGGUCAAACUCUGAUAUUGAGCAACCAAUGAAGGAGCCAUUGCUUCUGAACCAAUCAAAGAAGCUGGAGACAACAACUGCUGGUGUUAUGCUGGAGGAUCCUGACAGGAAACGACCACUGAUUGGGGAGGAUCACACGAUCAUUGAGAUGGUACAAACAUUUGACUUCUGGAUAUUGUUUGUGUCAUUUCUUUGCGGUGUAGGUACUGGAAUGUGUGUGAUGAACAACAUGGGACAGAUGGGGCUAGCUCUUGGCUACGCUGAUGUGUCCAUUUUCGUUUCUCUCACCAGCAUUUGGGGUUUCUUUGGACGCAUUGGUUCAGGUUUAUUAUCAGAAUACUACAUCUGGAAAUUUGGGACUCCAAGGCCUCUCUGGAAUGCAGCUUCUCAAGUUUUAAUGGCCAUUGGAUUUGUCAUCAUGGCCUUUGCCUUGCCAGGAUCACUCUAUGUUGGUUCAAUCUUGGUCGGAAUAUGCUAUGGAGUUCGCCUGACAGUAACAGUCCCAGUUGCAUCAGAACUUUUUGGGCUCAAAUAUUAUGGUCUUGUAUACAACAUCCUCAUUCUCAACCUUCCUCUGGGAUCCUUCCUGUUCUCGGGCCUGCUUGCUGGUUAUUUGUACGAUGCCGAAGCCACCGCCAAUGCGGGAGGAGGCAACACCUGCAUUGGGGCUCAUUGUUACCGCCUUGUCUUUGUCAUCAUGGCCAUAACAUGUAUCCUUGGAUUGGGCCUGGACAUGUUGUUGGCUGUCAGAACAAGAACUGUCUAUGCCAAGAUUCACGAGAGCAAAAAAUCCAUUACUGCUACAAAAACUACAGAUCAUUCUUCAUCAGCAACAUGCUGAGCAGAUGCUUUUCUGUAUAGAAAUUUUUUUAGUUUGUCACCAGGUAUCCAUC